UGCUGCGUGCGACACUACCGUAACUAGUAGGCAAAUAUGAAAACGUGUGUAUUUUGUGUCUCGAGCAAGUGGAAUUGAGUUUAUUAGGACGUUAGUUUAGAUAUAUCUGAGUCUAUAAAGCUGUAAGUGCUGUUUUGCUGUAUUAAGCGAUAGUUAUUUUUUAUAAUGGCUCUUUAUAUUAAAGCAGCGGAGAUUCUUGAUAAAGUGGAGCAGAAGAAGGGGGCUGUAAAAACUCUUGUCUAUGAGAGUAAAUACCAAAAUAUCAAGCAACUAUUUGCACUGGUGUGUGAAACACAAAAAUACUCAUCGGUUCUGCAGGAGAUCAUCAACAGCACCAGAUUUCUCAAAGAAACGAAACUCCAAAAAAAUCUGGCAAAAGUGCUGGUGUAUGACCUGCUCAUGGGACGUGGAGUAAAAUGUGGAGGCACCUGGAAGGUCAUGGUGAUGAAACAUCGCUCCAGAUUACAAGCUGCUCUGGCACGAAUUAAAAUCAAAAAGAAAGUGAGUCGAAAUGAGGAUCUGAUUCCUUCCGGUUUUCAACAGAUGAAAGGUGACGUCAUUCCACGCUACGUUCGGGUGAACACAUUGAAAACAACUCUUGGGGAUGUCAUUGAUUAUUUAAAGAGAGAGGGAUUUACAUAUCAUGGAACAGCUGGUCGGCCUGAAGAUCUUGAUAAGCUCUCUGGAAAAGCAUUUCUCUGUGAUCUUCAUCUCGAAGAUCUUCUGGUUUUCAGUGCAAAAAUGGACUUUCACGAUCACUUCCUGUAUAAAGCGGGCCACAUCAUACUACAGGACAAGGCCAGCUGCCUUCCUGCUUUCCUCCUGAACCCCCCAGUCGGCAGUCAUGUGAUCGACGCUUGCGCAGCUCCGGGAAACAAAACCAGCCAUCUAGCUGCCGUAAUGAAAAAUAAAGGGAAGUUGUUUGCGUUUGAUCUUGACGCAAAACGUCUGGCCACCAUGAGCACCCUUCUCUUACGUGCUGGGGUCACGUGUCAGCAGCUGGCCAAUCAGGAUUUUCUAAAAGUAGAUCCACAGAGCUCUGAAUACAAGGAAGUAAAGUACAUCCUUCUGGACCCCUCGUGUAGCGGAUCAGGAAUGGUGUGUUUGCGAGAUGAAGCGUUCGAGUCGCAGGAGGACAGCCGUCUGCAGGCUCUGGCUGCGUUUCAGCUGCGCUGUCUCAACCACGCGCUACAGUUUCCUCAGGUUCAGCGUGUCGUGUAUUCAACCUGCUCCAUUCACUCAGAAGAAAAUGAGAAUGUUGUGUCAGCCUGCCUGCAGGAGAACCCUGGAUUCAGACUCGUUCAUCUUCUUCCAAACUGGACAGAGAGGGGUCAUGACCCUUUUACGCAGUGUCUUCGCGCUAACCCGGCAAAAACACGGACUCAUGGGUUCUUUGUGGCCAUGCUGGAGAGAUAUUCACCGGAGAUAGAAGGAGAUAAUGUUGUGAUUACUGCAUCAUUGCCCUCUAGUGGUGAGGAAGAAAAGGACAUACAGGAAUCAAGUGUACCUGAUGAUGAUGAUGAUGAACAAGAGACUUCAGAGAUGACAAAUGAGCAUCUUACAAACCCGGGCUUAAAAAAGAAAAGAAAGAGAAACAGGAAGAAACACAAAAAUCAAGAAUCCUGAAGGACUUUUAUUGUUUUGACAUGGAAGCAGUCUUAUCUGAACUACCCGUACUUGGUUAUUGACCCCUGUGAGCUUUCAUUGAAAUGUGAUGGGUGAUAUCAAGAUUGUUUGAACUGUACAGACAUGAUGAGGUUCAUAUGCAAAUAUAUUCGUUUAUGAAUACUGCCUCACUAAAGUUAUUUUAAAGGAAAACAUCACCGUUUUUCAAUAUUUUACUAUGUUCUUACCUAAACUUAGACAAAUGAAUACAUACCUAUCUUUUUUCAAUGCCUGA